AUGUCGUCGCCUGCCAUUGUCAAUUCUCGGCCUUCUCCGGCUCAGCCUCCACCGCGGUCCGGCGUAUCAGUAUCGGGGGCCGGAUCGGGAUCCGCUGCGCCUCCGCCUCCGCCUCCGUCUUCGGACCAAAGCUUCGUGGUCGCACGCCCGGGACUUCCGGAUCGUUGUGUCUCGGAGCAAUCGAUCGAGAACGCUUAUGUUGACUUCAUCCUCUUCUGCAACCCAGCAGUCCCCCUUUCUACACCUACAGACAGUCUACGCGAGGCCUUUUGUAACCCUCCUCGCAGCGGAGGCAAGGCCUUCAACACAUUUGCCAUCUAUGAGCUGGUCCGCAAGUUCUACAACAAUGAGAUACGCACCUGGACCGAGCUGACGACAAAGCUUGGAGUUGAGCCUCCCGAUAAGGAGGAGAGCAACCAGAAGGUGGCACAGUAUGGAGUUAGGUUAAAGAAAUGGAUGAAUUCCAUGCACGUCAAGGCCUUUUUCGAGUAUCUUAUGGAUAUACCCAAUGAUUACUGGACAAAGAUCCCUACCGACAGUAACCCUACCAGCCAGCCCAUACGGGAUGGCGUGGCUCUUGAGGAUGACAUGGCCCUGAGGGCUCUGUUCCCCCAUAUCCGACCAAAGAGAGGUCGAAAACGUCCAGUAGACGAUGACACAGCCACUUCUCUAUCUCCCGCACCGUCUCAGGCUCAGACCCAGAGAUCUCACCUUGCCCCAUCGUCAGCUGUUGACGGCGUAAGCGGUCCCAUGUCAGCAGAUCCAUCGAGAUUAACUGGUGCACCCUGGACACCAAGUGACGUCCAGCAAACUCCGCUGUUCCGAUGGCCGCAGUCUGCCAUUACACCAACUUCACGAAACUCCUUCUGGGAUGAUGCCCUCGAACCACAGUCCGCUGUGACUCCGUCUAAGCCGAAACUCACUGCUCAGCGUAGAGGUCCCAAGAAUGUCUCCUCGGCCUGGAGACCUGGAGUUGCCAACGGCGGCGUUAAACCUAGAGGACGACCGCCGAUGCACCGGACUCCUGUGGAUACAUCAUUACCACCGUUUACAGCUGGACUUACGUCCGUUGCUACUACUACAGAUCAAGCCGAGUCCGAACCUGUCGCCCCCAUCUACACUCCCCCAGUUUCAACGGCCCCUAAAACAGAUGGUGGACCUUCUGAUGAUUCCAUCUCGAUCCCGUCGAUUACAUCACAGCCGCAUCCGCCUCCUGUUUUACCACGGCCUACGCGGCCAAGUAUAUCUUUGACAGUUCCCGAGCGACCUUCUGGCAGUGUAAGACUCGCAACUCCUCCACCAGUCGUCGUCAUCAACGGAGAACCCAGCGAACCUCAAGCUCUUCCGCAUCCAGCACAUAGCGGUAUUCCGCCGUCACAUUUCUCAUUAGUUGCGCAGGAAGCUACGGCGGCGAGUGAGAAACAAACCCAAAACGAAGGCACUAUGUCGUAUCCCAAAGACGUCCCCCGGUUCUAUUUUGAAAGAAUUGAGGAUCGAACAAAUGUUGAUGAAGUUCUCGCAUACAUGAUUCGCAGCUGUCUUGCAGCGAACUUUCUAGAUGCAGAAGACAACCCAAGUACUCCCUGUACGACGAACGAAGCCCUGGCAAUCACCAACUGCACUCUCGAAGACAUGUACAACAACGCCGAAUCGCCGCAAGCCUUCCUGAUCAACCUCGCAGCCGUUGCAGGAGGCGGAUACCUCGUGACCGAGCCGAGCAGGAUCAAGCGCCUGGGAGUUGCGGACGGCAUAAUGAGGUAUGGCUGUGCAUGGACAUACGGCUUCGGGCCUUUCAGGGGCACGUAUCAUAUGGAGCUGUCAGUGCCAGCAGAACUGAUCGAAGAAAGAGAUGCGUGCCCAGAUUCCACGUCUGGAGAAUCAGAGGCGAGACUCUCGGCGAAUGAGUGGAAGACGAAAUAUGAGAAUCUGCUGAUGACGAUGAACAAGAAGGAUAAGAAGUUUACGGAUCUGAAAACCAAGGUGACGGAUCCUUUGAAGCUACCGCCCAGGAGAUGA